GGCUUAUUUUAUAUAUUUAUCCCAAAAUUUACAAAUUUCUACUCCCAAAUUAAAAAAGAUGUCCCCCCAAAAUAAUUUUUUACUCCCCAGACUUUCUCGAUUAGGGGCGAAUGUCCCAUCUUCUAGACUUCAACAAAGGCUUUCUCGAUUAAAUAAAAAAAAAACUCGCUCACCAGAGACUUUCUCUUCUCUCAAACAAUCUUUCUCUCUGUCUCACCAGACUUUCUCUUCUCUCAAACUCUCUUUCUCCAUUAAAAAAAAAAAAGAUCUCUCUCUCACCAGACUAUCUCUCUCGGAAGAGUUUUUUUUUUUUUUUUUUUCUCAAAUUCUCUCUCUCUCUCUCUCGGACCAGUCUCUUAUCUCUCUCAGGCUGCACCGCUGCUGCAUGAAGUCUUGCUGAGUUGCUGUUAAUUUGUUACUCCCCCCCCAAAUUCAUAUGAACGAAGUCUUGCUAUUCAGCGUUCACCUCAUUCUCAACAAAUAAUUGUUCAGGCUGUUUGUCUCAUCUCAUCUCUUGAAGGGCUUUUCAUAGUAGACAUCUAAUUGGCUGAAGUUAUGAACUCCAAGCGACUUAAGUUUGUAAGGAACAGAAAAAAACCCAUUUUAUCCAGGUUUGAAGAUUUAGAGCAGCAAUAUUCAGUUCAUGAACUACGUAGGAGGAAAAUUUUGGAUCCACAGGGUCAAUUUCUUCAAACGUGGAACAAUUUUUUUAUGCUCUCUUGUGUGGCGUCCGUGGCCAUAGACCCCCUUUUCUUUUACAUUCCAAGGAUGAAUGACGUGGACAAGUGCUUGGAUUUGGACAAGAAAGUGGCGAUCUAUGCUUGUGUUUUUCGUUCAUUCAUAGAUGCAUUUUAUGCAAUUCAUAUAAUCUUUCAAUUCCGAACUGGGAUUAUUGCCCCUUCUUCUCGAGUGUUUGGAAGGGGUGAGUUGAAUAAUGAUCCUAAGGCUAUUGCUAAAAGAUACUUGCUCUCCUACUUCAUCAUUGACAUCCUAUCAAUUCUUCCACUGCCACAGGUGCUAGUAUUUAUCAUGCCCUCAAUGAAAACCCAAGCACAGAAGGAAAUAAUGUUGAUGUCCAUAAUCUUCUCCCAGUCUGUGCCAAGACUUUUGCGGAUCUAUCCACUAUAUAUAGAAGUAACAAGGGCCUCUGGCAUACUUGAGAUAGUAUGGUUUCGAGCUGCGUAUAAUCUUUUUCUCUACAUGCUAGCUAGUCACGUGAUUGGAGCAUUUUGGUACUUGUUUGCGAUAGAACGAGAGCAGAAUUGCUGGCACAAAAAGUGUAGGGAACAGAAGGAUUGUCUGCCUCAGAAUUACUAUUGUGGACAUAAUAACCGUAACAAGGCCUUGGAUCAAUAUCUUUAUGAUGCUUGCCCUUUUAUCGAUCCUGAUGAAAUUACAAAUUCAACUGUCUUCAACUUUGGAAUAUUUACUGAUGUUCUGAGCUCUGGAGUGGUUGAGUCAAGAUAUUUUUGGGAGAAAUUCUUUUACUGCUUUUGGUGGGGUCUACGUAAUCUUGGUUCUCUUGGCCAAAACCUCAAUACAAGCACUUUUGUUUGGGAGAUAUUAUUUGCGGUUUCCAUAUCCAUCUUUGGGUUGGUUUUAUUUGCAUUGCUUAUCGGCAAUUUUCAGAAAUAUCUGCAAUCAACAACAGGUAGAGUAGAAGAAAUGUUGGUGAAAAGGGAUCGGAUUAGACAAUUAGAACAGUGGAUGUCCCGCCGUUUGCUCCCUAGGAAAUUAAGGGAUCGGAUUAGACGAUGUGAAGAGUUCACAUGGAAAGCAACCAGAGGUGUCGUGGAAGAGAAUCUUAUUCGUAACCUUCCUAGGGAUCUCAAGAUGGAUAUAAAGCGCCAUCUCUGCUUGGCUCUGGUUAUGAGAGUGCCCCUAUUUCACAACAUGGAUGAACAACUACUGGAUGCACUAUGUGAUCGUCUCAAGCCAGUACUUUACACAGAGAAGAGCUUAAUUGUUCGUCAGGGGGACCCAGUGGACGAAAUGCUCUUUGUCAUGCGAGGAAAGCUAGCCAGUAUGACUACCUAUGGUGAACAAGCUGGUUUCUUUAACACUGUUUACUUGAAGGCUGGUGACUUCUGUGGAGAAGAGCUUCUUACUUGGGCUUUGGAUCCCCACUCCUCUACCAUUAAUCAUCCCAUCUCAACUCGAACAGUUAAUGCUCUUAUAGAGGUUGAAGCCUUCGCUUUAAUGGCUGAAGACUUGAAGUUUGUGGCCACUCAGUUUCGGGGUCUUCAUGGCCCGGAGGUCCAGCACACUUUCAGGUUCUACUCUCAACAAUGGAGGACGUGGGCAGCUUGUUUUAUCCAAGCAGCUUGGCGCCGGUACAGGAAGAAAAAGCUCGGUGCAACCAUUUAUGCAUCAAGGUUUGCUGCCAAUGCACUUUGAGCCUCUCCACAAAAUGGUGCAGCUAACACCAAAGUACUACAAAGAUUGCAACCGCCGCCGCUACAGAAGCCUGCUGCUGUUGAAGAUCGUUAAUGGUAUGGUGUUUCAUGUGAUUAUCAUGUAAUUUGAACAUUAGCGUGCAAGUGCGAAAGUAGUCAUGCCAAUACAAGUUAUGAUUUUCUUGUAAUUAUAACCUUUUCAGAAAACUGUAUCAUCUAGAAAGUUGAAAACCAUAUUUAUCUGUAAUCUUGUAUUUGGCUACAUUGUUGGGAUACUGCUAUUUUAAUCCACAGUUAUGCUACCAUUUCUCAUGUUCUACCUGACAUACCAACCAGGUUAGUUGGAUUGAAUUCUUAUACUAAAAACAGAUAAUAACUUACAUUUACUUA